AUGGUAUUGCAAGCGAACAGUGAUAUCAACCUCAGUAGACCCAGGAGUAAGAAGAAAAAGAUGGUGGACAAUAGUAAUUGGAGGCCAUGGUCGGAGCUCCCUGAAGCUUUGCUUCAUCAGAUAACAAAGUGGUUAGGUGCUAUAGAUUAUCUCAUUUUUACCUGUGUGUGUAGAACUUGGAGGUUGUACGCUUUGGCAUACAAGCAAGAGUUUAUGGCAUCCCAACCUCCACUUGUUCUUUUCUUUUCACGGCAAUGGAAGAAAUUUUGUUACUUCUAUAGUAUUCUUGAUCAAAGGUGGUGCAAGGCAUUACUGCCUAGCCUUGUUGGCAAAGUGUGUUUUGGGAUUUCUUCUGGGUACUUGAUAAUGGAAGACAAGAAAAAGAGGCCAGAUUCUCAACUUUGGCUUAUGAAUCCCUAUACAAGACAUGAACUCCGUUUUCCUAGCCCUCCCAAUCUCUUUCGUUGUGUCACCCUUGCUUCUUUAGCUACUCCUUUGCCAGAGUUCAUAAUCAUAUGUUUUCCCAGUCGGUGCUUACAGUUCCGUAGAUCCACAGAUGUCAAUUGGACUCUAUAUAAUUAUGAUGAUCGUAAUAUGAUUGCUGAUUUAGCUGUCUUCAAUGGUAAGAUAUAUAUUAUAUCAAAUAAUGCUGACAUUAGGGUACUAAAUCUGACUUCUCAUCCUCAUUUGGCCUUGUUGAAAGUAAAAGGCACUGCAGAUUUGAAUUGUGGAUCAUGGAAGUUACUAUGUUUUGAUAAACAGCUCCUUGUGAUUGGUGGAAUUACUGAUCAUGAAGUUUAUGAGCUAAAUUUUUUGAAGAUGGAAUUGGUGAAGAUUCCUAACUUAGGAGGUCAAGCAUUGUUCCAGGAAGACUCUGAUGAGUUCUCUGCAAUUAGUAACAUGACCAGAUGGGAAGAUAGCAAGCACCCUUCUAAUUGCAUAUAA